AAGACGUCAAUUCUAAGAUUGUUCUUAUUAUCUCAUCUAUCAGUUGCCAUGCGCCAACUUAAGUAAAUUAAACCCACUAGAUGGUGCAUCAGGUACAGGUACUGUCAAAGUCAAACGAUCAGUCAAGUUUACAAGAUGUGCUUCUUAGUAACACUUUUGACACUUACCGUGUUUUCUGUAUUCACGCCUGCCUUCAACAUGCCUGUAGGUGUUCCUCAAGGCAGUCGGACGUUCAACGGUGCUUCUAUCACACUCAAAGAAAAAAACAUCACCCUUGAUAUUUUCCAAUGUGAGCGGCUUAUAAUCAUUGAUUUGAAAAUGAAGCAUGGCGACACAAAUUCGUCAUCUAAAACUCGUCCUAUCUACAGCAAAAUUAAUGACUGGUAUCGGUAUCAAAUUGUGGCAGGGAAUGAAAAAAUUGAAAUUUCAAGAAAUGGUAGUGUUAUAGAAAACUUGGAUGGAGCUUCGGGGGAACUGCUUUUCAGGUGUAACACAGACAACGCAUUAUGGAAGGUUUUCAAUGAUUGUUCAAAUGGUCUUGAGACAACCCCAUGUGAUAUUUCCUGCCUCCCUGACGCAUGCAAAGAAGAAUACGUUGACGCCUGGAAGGAAGAAGAGGUUGAAAAGACGAAUAUUACAAAAUCUGCUGGACAACAUGUGUUUUCUUCAACGGGUCUGAUAGGGUUAAUCAUCAUAAUUAACACCGUUGGAGCUCUGAGCAGUUAAUGAGUACAUUUAUUUAUACGAGUAAAAUGUGGAGGUAGUUCUUUGUGAAAACGUUCUCUAAGGAUUAGCUAAUGUUUGAUCUAACACUGACAACUGUUUAGCUAAUAGUUAAUGGUUUACAUUUUGUUACGCAUACACCUAAUUUUAUUAAAGAUCGUUAACUUAAAUGUUUGUCCACUAAAAAUCACUAGUUUUGUGUGGUUUGCUGUUACUGUAAAUACUGUUAAAAAUAGGUGUGCAAGAAUUUGUGUUCAAAAUCUGUAGAUCAUAUUACUAAAUAGCAGUUUUUUUUUUAAUAUGCGUGUAACUCCGAUACACUUUACAUGCUUAAAGUUUUACGAGAGUUGAUUUUAAAUUGGUGUAUUUAAAUAUAUACUGACAGACGAUAUAUCUAUGUGGCGAUGCAAGAAUAAGUAGGAGUAAGCGAAGAAAGAUAAGUGGUCUCGUGGUCCAGUGGUCAGGAUACCUGCCCGGCAAGCGGGGGGCGUGUGGUUCAAUUCCCACCGAGGCAGUAACAUUUCUCUUCGCUUACCUACAUGUACAUACUUUUAAUAAAUACAUAAAUUAUUCCUGUUUAUAA